UCUCAAAUGCAUGCACAGGUUACAAACAAACUAUAUCACCUAACAUACAUAGCAGAGCAUGUUGAGCAAUUUGCAACAGAUAUGUUGCUAACUGCUGUGAACUCUGAGACAGAUCUCUCACAGUCUGGAUCAAUUGCAGAAGGAAUUAAAAAAGAGGCUAAAAGCCAGAUAACUUCGACAAGUGACUCCCUAUUGUCUGGAAGCUCCGACAUUUACUCUCAACAGGAUCUACAAACUUCUCGUGAUGUUUCAGUUUUAUCAACUUCCGAAGUUCAGAGACUGAUUUCUCUGUUCUUCGCUUUAUGUAAAAAGAAACCUAGUCUCCUUCGACUUGUCUUUGAAGUUUAUGGGAGAGCUCCAAAAAUAGUAAACCAGGUGAGUUUGUCACUUCCUUAUAAACCCUCACGCCAUUUAUGUGCAUCACAUGUGGCAUAAAUUGGAUAGGA